AUGGCGACCACGCCGUGGCUGCUGCUUCUCUGCCUCGCCGCCGCCGCCUCGAGCGGGGCGCUUCAAGCUCGUGCCCAGCCUGACAACAAAGGUUUCAUAAGCAUAGACUGCGGAUUUCCGGGGACAACGAGCUACAUAGACAGCACAACCGAGCUCUCCUACGCCCCGGACGCCGCCUUCACCGACACCGGCUCGAGCCACAACAUCUCGGUGGAGUACAUGAAGCCGCAGUUGCUCCUCUCCAAGCGCUACCACGACCUGCGCAGCUUCCCCGACGGCACGCGCAACUGCUAUACGCUCCGGUCCCUGGUGCCCGGGCUCAAGUACCUCCUCCGCGCCACCUUCUUCUACGGAAACUACGACGGGCUCGACAGGAUUCCCAUAUUUGACCUCCACAUCGGGGUCAACUUCUGGAGGGUGGUGAACAUCACAAAUAUGGGAUACGCGCUGCAACUGGAGGCCCUCGUGGUCGUGCCGGACGACUUUGUGCAGGUUUGCCUGAUAAACACCGGCGCCGGGACGCCGUUCAUCUCCGGGCUUGACCUGAGGCCGCUCAAGAAGACGAUGUACCCGCAGGUGACCGCAACGCAGGGCCUGGUGCUGAUGACUAGGCUCAACUUCGGCCCGAGAGACGAUUCUACCUUUGUCAGGUACCCUGAUGAUCCAUACGAUCGAAUCUGGACCCCAUGGAUCAACACUAAAAUCUGGACCGUGAUAUCAACAAAGAAGAGGGUGCAGAGCAUAGACAACGACGUCUUCGAGGCGCCGACAGCGGUCAUGCAGACGGCUAUUAGGCCGCGAGACGUCACCAAGAACAUAGAGUUCUCUUGGGACCCGGAGCCCCAGCCCAACGACCCCUCGCCAGGGUACAUCGCCAUCAUGCACUUCUCCGAGCUGCAGAUACUCCCCAUUAACGCCGUUCGACAAUUCUACGUCAACCUCAACAGCGAGUUGUGGUACCCGAGCGGCUUCACGCCGACCUACCUCUACAUCGGCGCCACCUACAACAACCUCCCCUCCAGGCAUAACCGCUAUAACGUCUCCAUCAACGCCACCAGCAACUCGACGCUGCCGCCGAUCAUCAAUGGUGUGGAGAUUUUCUCCGUCAUCUCCACCACCAACCUUAGCACGUACUCACAGGACGUAUCUGCUAUCAUGGCGAUAAAGACAAAGUAUCAGGUGCAGAAGAACUGGAUGGGUGAUCCGUGCAUUCCAAAGACUAUGGCCUGGGAAAGGUUGACGUGCGGUUAUGAGGUCACAACCCCCCAUAGGAUCAAAGCCGUAGAUUUAUCAGUCACCGGUCUCAGUGGUGAUAUAACAUCUUCUUUCAUAAAUCUCAAGGCUCUCCAGUACUUGAAUCUGUCAAACAACAAAUUGACAGGCUCAAUUCCAGAUGCCCUUUCACAAUUACCUUCAUUGACGAUUAUAGAUUUGUCAGGUAAUCAGCUCAGUGGUUCAAUUCCCCCUGGACUUCUCAAAAGAGUUCAAGAUGGCUCCCUCAAUUUUAGAUAUGAGAACAAUCCAAACAUUUGCGCAAGUGACAAUUCAUGCCAGUCGGCGCCUAAAAGGAACAACAAGCUGGCUAUCUAUAUUGUUGUCCCUCUACUUGUGGUUGUGGUGAUGGUAUCAUUAGCAAUAGUGAUCUUUUUCUUGGUAAGACGAAGACAACAAGGUGAUGUCAACUAUAUGCUAGUAAAUGGUGACCGUGGGGGCUGUUCAUUGCAACUUGAGAACCGUCGGUUCACCUACAAACAACUUGAUAUGAUAACAAAGGGAUUCAAGAGGAUUCUUGGCCGGGGAGGUUUCGGGAUUGUCUAUCAUGGCUUCCUAGAAGAUGACACUGAGGUGGCCGUGAAAUUGCGAUCUCGUACUUCUAAGCAAGGUGUCAAUGUGUUCCUCGCAGAGGCUCAGAUUUUGACGCAGAUUCACCAUAAGAAUCUUGUCACCAUGAUUGGCUAUUGUAAGGAUGGAAAAGACAUGGCACUUGUGUACGAGUACAUGUCAGAAGGAACACUACAAGAGCAUAUUAUAGGAAGAGACGAUAAUGGAGAAGGUUUACUGGAUUGGAGACAGAGACUUCGAAUUGCACUUGAAUCUGCCAAAGGGCUUGAGUACUUACACACCGGGUGCAGCCCGCCUCUCAUCCACAUGGACGUGAAGCCCACAAAUAUCCUCCUAAAUGCAAGUCUGGAGGCCAAGAUUGCCGACUUCGGCAUGUCUAAGGCCUUCAAACAUGACAAGGACACACAUGUAUCCACAAACACACUCGUUGGUACCUACGGAUACGUUGAUCCAGAGUACCUGGCAACAAUGCAACCAACUACAAAGAGUGAUGUGUACAGUUUCGGUGUCGUGUUGCUGGAGUUAGUCACCGGAAGACCAGCUAUACUGCCAGAGUCUCCGAUGCCCAUCAGCAUCAUCCAUUGGGUGAGGUCCCAGCUAGCUGAGGGCAACAUUGAGAGCGUGGUGGAUGCGUGCAUGCAUGGUUGUUAUGAUGUGAACAGUGUGUGGAAGGUGGCAAACAUCGCUCUGGAGUGCACCACACAGGUGUCGGUGGAACGUCCCACCAUCAACGACGUGGUGGUGCAGCUCCAAGAGUGCCUUAAGCUCGAGGAUUGCUAUGCAAGGAGUGAUAUGAGUGGCGGCUUGUACAUCGGCAGUGGCAGCCAUGACCCAAACUUGAAUAAUGAAUCUCAGGACAGUGUCACAUCAGAGAUGGAGUAUGUGUCUAGAAGGAUGGCAACAAGGACCACCGAUCCUGUUGCACGUUGA